AUGAGAGCCAAUUGUUCCAGCAGCUCAGCCUGCCCUGCCAACAGUUCAGAGGAGGAGCUGCCAGUGGGACUGGAGGUGCAUGGAAACUUGGAGCUCGUUUUCACAGUGGUGUCCACUGUGAUGAUGGGGCUGCUUAUGUUCUCUCUGGGAUGCUCCGUGGAGAUCCGGAAGCUGUGGUCGCACAUCAGGAGACCCUGGGGCAUUGCUGUGGGACUGCUCUGCCAGUUUGGGCUCAUGCCUUUCACAGCUUAUCUCCUGGCCAUCAGCUUUUCUCUGAAGCCAGUCCAAGCUAUUGCUGUUCUCAUCAUGGGCUGCUGCCCGGGGGGCACCAUCUCUAACAUUUUCACCUUCUGGGUUGAUGGAGAUAUGGAUCUCAGCAUCAGUAUGACAACCUGUUCCACCGUGGCCGCCCUGGGAAUGAUGCCACUCUGCAUUUAUCUCUACGCCUGGUCCUGGAGUCUUCAGCAGAAUCUCACCAUUCCUUAUCAGAACAUAGGAAUUACCCUUGUGUGCCUGACUAUCCCCGUGGCCUUCGGUGUCUGUGUGAAUUACAGAUGGCCAAAACAAUCCAAAAUCAUUCUCAAGAUUGGGGCCAUUGUUGGUGGGGUCCUCCUUCUGGUGGUCGCGGUUGCUGGUGUGGUCCUGGCGAAAGGAUCUUGGAAUUCAGACAUCACCCUUCUGACCAUCAGUUUCAUCUUUCCUUUGAUUGGCCAUGUCACGGGUUUUCUGCUGGCACUUUUUACCCACCAGUCUUGGCAAAGGUGCAGGACGAUUUCCUUAGAAACUGGAGCUCAGAAUAUUCAGAUGUGCAUCACCAUGCUCCAGUUAUCUUUCACUACUGAGCACUUGGUCCAGAUGUUGAGUUUCCCACUGGCCUAUGGACUCUUCCAGCUGAUAGAUGGAUUUCUUAUUGUUGCAGCAUAUCAGACAUACAAGAGGAGAUUGAAGAACAAACACGGAAAAAAGAACUCAGGUUGUACAGAAGUCUGCCACACGAGGAAAUUGACUUCUUCCAAAGAGACCAAUGCCUUCUUGGAGGUGAAUGAAGAAGGUGCCGUCACUCCUGGGCCACCAGGGCCAAUGGAUUGCCACAGGGCUCUCGAGCCAGUUGGCCACAUCACUUCAUGUGAAUAGCAGGGACUUGCUGGUUGGACUGGCACCCUUCUUUUUCAGUGGCCAGUAAAGACAGUGUGCAGCUGACACAUGAAUCUUGUUGGUA